GCAAAAAGUUGCUGCAGAAUAUAAAUUUUGAACAAAAAUAAAAGGAUUUAAUAAAAAAUUAUAAACAAAAUGCAGAAAUUAAAUAAUAUAUUAAUAUUAACGUUAUUAAUGUUAAAUGUUUGUUACGCCCAAGAUAAAUGGAUUUGGUCUAAAGCAAAAUCAAAUCAAAAAGUGCGCGGUUAUUAUCCUUUAGCAGAUAAACGUGUGUAUUAUACGGAAGAUCAAUAUGCUAGAGCAGAACGUGAUCGAGAGCCUACAACAAAACGUCCCCUGCCGGGUCAACCUCAAAAUGAUGAUAUCGAUGAUUAUCCUGAUGCAAAUGAUGAACCCACUAAGCAAAAUAGUCCUUAUCCACCGGGUGUGAUUGGGAAUCCCCGUUUUGGUGGAAAUUUUAAUGGUUUUGGUAAUUUUCCACAAAUUGGAGCUGUUGGUGGUGGUGGUUAUCCCGGCAACAUACCUAAUGGUAUUCUAGUGGGUCCUGGAGGACCAACUGGCAUUAUUGGCAGACCACAAGGGCAAUAUCCAGCUGGUGUCGCACCCCCUAACUUUCCUCUUCCCCAAAAUGGUUAUCCUGGAAAUCCUGUAACACCAAACUUUCCGGGUGCCUCAGUAAAUAGUAAUCCAGGUUAUCCUGGCUAUAAUGGUCUGAACAAUGGAUUCGGACAAUAUCCCGGACAACCUUCCUAUGCAAAUCCUAAUAACCCCCAACAAUUUGCUGGCAGUGCUCAGUAUCCCCAAUAUCCUCAACAACCUCAAUAUCCCGGUGAACAAUAUCCUCAACAUCCCCAAUACACCGAAGGCUAUGGCUUGGCAAAUCUUAAUCCUGGAUUUAAUGUCAAUCCCGGUUUAAAUGUUAAUCCAGGAUUUAAUGGUAAUUUCAAUCCUAACUAUGGCAUUGGCUAUGAUGAAUACCCUGCACAGGUGGAGGGUAAAAGUGCUCGUGUUAAAGCCAUCGACAAGAAAGUAGACGAUAAAGUGGCGAAAAAUCUCAAGAAAUUAUAAUCAAGCUAAUUUUCCAUUUUGUUAAACUAAACAUUUUUCAUUUAUAACUAUAAUUUGUCAUUAGUAUUUAAAAUCGUUUUUUUUAUAUAAACUUAUUUGUAAAUAGUAGUAUUUUUUUAUACCAAUUCUUACCAAUGGUUGUUAUAACUAUAAUCGAAUAAAAUAAUGAUCCAGCAAAUGUCCAUUGU